AUUUUAAUAUGCUGAGACUUGUGAGCAAGAAGUCGUUCUCAUCAACAUUUAAUGUGUUGGAUACCUUCAAAACACUCAAAAGCGUGAUCACAGCUCCAAUUAGACAUAUAAGGUCGUAUGUUAGACAGGAUGGUGUUCAUAGUUCAAUGACACCUAACUUGACCUAUUAGGCUUUUGAUGAAGUGCUUCAUGAAUAUUAUGCUGCUUAUUCAGGAAAUCCAUUCCACUUAUAGGUGUAUAAUAACCUUGAUAACAUCUAAACUGUCAAUUUUGGUACAGUAGACAAUCCUUGUGUUAUUUUCACUGCAGAUACUCCAUUCAGAUAUGUGGGCUGCACAGGUUUGUAAAACGAAGACGAUUAUGAACAACAUGAAAUUCAUCUUUUCAUGCUUAGAGAAGGUCCUUUAUAGAGAUGCCCAAUGUGCGGUCAAGUUUUCAAAUUGGUUAGACUUAGACAAUAAGAGGAUGAGGAAAUGUCUUACUAUAGAGAUUCAUUCCAUCCUAUUGAUAUUUUUGAAUUGGAUAAUGAAAAUGUUUAAUCAAUUAACAUGUUAAAAAUGUGGACUCACAGAGAGGCUUCAUUAUUUGAGAGUGCAUUAUAUGAAUAAAACAUUAUGGUAACAAUGGAUAACGAUGUACAUGAUAGAUUACUAGUUGAUCCAGCUUAUAGAAUGUGGAGAUUUUAACAUGGCGAAGAUAAAUUAAAAUACAUUGAUUAAUAAUUGAAAUAAGCAGGCUACAAUGAAGAAAGAAUCUACAGAAAUCCAAAAUACAAAUUACCAAUGUAAAAGGCAACAUAUGCAGCUGUCAUUGAAGCAGAGAAAGUGUUGGCUAUCUAAGAGAGAUUAGAAAGAAAAGUGAAUAGAUUCCAUGUUAGAGAAUAUCUUGAUUUUGCUAAUCACGCCAGAAGAGAAAGAAGAAUGAGAUUAAGAUAAAAGGAAAGAUGGGAGAACAAUUACACUUACUUCUACGGAGGUCUUACUGAAGAAGAAUAAUUAUAUAAUGAUUACUUUGAAACAGAUCAAGAAUUAUACAAGGAUGAUGAAUAAGUUGAAUAGAGAAUUGAUGAGGCUGUUGCUUAAGUUGAUCCUAAAUAUAGUCCUCUUAGAUUUGACUUCUAAGAAGCCUAUACUCACAAUCCUGAAGAAGAUUAAACUUCACUUCUUGAAAAGAAAUUGUGGAGGUUCAAAUACAGAUUAGCCUUUGAUUGCACCAAGGAUUAUUAAGCUAGAGAAAGAAGAUUGAUCGAAAGACAUUUGGCAAGAAUGACCAAAGACCCAGAAUACGUUGCUGUUUUCAAGAAUCUAUAAAGUGCUGUUAAUUCUGAAAAUGAAUUUGCACUCCUGUAGGCUGAAAAAGACUAUUAUAAUCUUGCAGCUAAGGAAGGAUUUCUUUAAUAUAAGGAUUACUUUGAAGGAGAUACUUCUGCUGAAAUUGAAUUGGUUGAAGAAUUAUAUAAAGCCUCACCUUUGGCAUUCAGCAAAGUUUUUGUUAAUCAUUCAGCCAGAUUAGUCUAAUAAGAAGGAUUCUAAAAGUUCCCUAAAAGAGCUUGGAAUGAUAGUCUUGGAUUAAUUUAAAAUUAUGUUUUAGAUUUCUAAGAUUUUUCUUCUAACAUAGUACCCAAAGCUCAAAAAUUGGCUAAUUAUGCUGGUUUAUAAAAUGUACUUCCUGCUGAUGAGUAAGAAUUGGUAAAACUUGGUUUAGAUAAGACUGAAUAAAUUGCAAGAUAAAAGAUUUCAUAAGCUUAAGAGAAACCAUAACUCAAUGAACCAAAAAUAUAAGCUUAAUAAUAAUAAGCUCCUCCAAAAGUUGAAGCAGAGUAAUAAUAAUAAAAACCUCAAUAAUAAUAAUAAUAAUAAUAAUAAUAAUAAUAAUAAUAAUAAUAAUAAUAAAAGAAAGGACCAUUCAACAAAAAAAAAAUGAUAAUUUUCAUUAUUCAUUAGACAGAAUAUUACAUUAUAAUUAUAUUUCAGUCUAAUACUAUAUAUUCAUUCUUAUUGAUCUUAAUUUUAUUCUAUUUGCAUUUCUUCUUUAUUAUCUCUAUACUCAGAAAACAGUUCUUAAUAAUCAACCUUUUAUCGACUUUCCUUUCCAAUUGCAUGAUGAUCUAUUUAAGCACAACCAGGAUUUAUUUAUUUUGA